AGGUCCCUGGGUUGAAUGAUGCAUUCUGACAGAAACUGGACAAAUGAGCUUUAAAAUCCCCCUCUUCUUCACUGGGUGUUUCUGGCUUCGAGGAUGUUUCUGGAAUGAGUAAAACACUAAACAACCUCCCGUCACACACACGCUGCAAUCGCACACACAAACACACAGACACAGACACACACAAUGCUAGGCAUGUCACCACACUCGCCUCACUUCAGUACACACGCAUCUCCCUUCUCCUUUCCUUUCCUGUCAUUCCUCCCUCCUUUACAUCCACUGAGCCUACGCACACAUCCCUCACACAUCCACAUCAUGCACCUUGUUUCAUUUUGGAUGCGUGCUUGCAUCUUUGCCCUUUGGCGGGAGCUUUUUCCUAGAUGCUUUGUUGUGUCUGAGAGCGUGUGGGAACAUACGCUCUCCGAGCUGUGGGUGGCGGGUGGAAAGCAAAUGUAUCUCAAGCCAGACGUCCAGAAGAAAUCUAAGCACAAAACAGCUGUCAUAAAAAAGACACUCAACCCAGAGUUUAAUGAGGAGUUCUUCUAUGAAAUCACCUUCUCAGAGUUAGCCACCAAGACGCUGGAGGUCACUGUGUGGGACUAUGACUUGGGAAAAUCCAAUGACUUCAUAGGCGGUGUGUCCUUAGGGUGUCACUCACAGGGAGAAACUCUGCAGCACUGGAUAGACUGUCUAAAGAACAAGGGCAAGAAGGUGGAGCGCUGGCACACGCUAACCAACGAGCUGCCUGGAUCCACACUGCAGGAAUGAACUGAUCCUCUUCCACUGUACUGACGCUGGAGAGACUGCCUGACGAGAGACGUUUCAUUGCAUGCUCUGAGGAUUUUCUGCAUGAAGGAUUCAUAUCCUACUUACUUUGUGUCAUAAGUGAGAUUAUAAUUCAUAACGACAUACCCAAAGGGGGGUCACACUCAGAGAUCAAUACUCUAAUCUCAGCUCUAAAUAGACCUGAUGCAAACUGUCCCCACCACAAAGCUAACAGCAUGAGAAUUUUGAUUAUCAUAUUUAUUGGGAUCCAUGUCUCUUUUGUGGAUUUAAAUCUAAAUGCUCCUCUGAGCUGCUCCAAACUAGUCAGAUCUCAAUCAACAAGAUAAAUUGAAAUCAUGCAAGAACAUAUAAUGAGGAAGAAAGCUGAAUUAUUCUGCGUCAUGUCAGGUUUACUUGCUCUUAUUCCAUUCAGCCUGUUAUUUUCAUUAACUGCUGACACCAUUAUAUAUCACAGCGCACAUACCUGUCCCUUGCAAUAAUGUUUUGCCUAAUGCUUCCAAAGACCUCCAAGGGGUCUUAAUACUGUCAGACAUUUUGCAUCUAUUGAUCUGAUUGCCAUCAGAUUGCCUGCAGAAAACAGGAGAGACAAUUGGUUCUUCCAUUUUGAUGGUUAGUGUCAGUUAUUUGCAUGUUUGGUGUUGAUGGAGCAAACUACAAGACAAAUAUGUGCCAGGCACUGCUGCAGGAUGUUCAUCAUUGUCUUGCUCCCAAUUCUCCUGGGGUGUGUUGCUCUGAUUUACUAAAGAGAUGUUUUUAUUUAAUUCAACGGUAACAGUUUUCUUUUUCCUUUUUUAUGUUGUUCAGCUGUUUAAUGUUUCAGCUCUAAUAUCACAGUGUCAGUUUCUUGUUGGUGACACGUUGAUGAUGUUGACCUAGUUUUACUUCACGAUCCCUGAUUUGUAUGGAGGAGAAGAGCGAUGUAAUUAACAGAGAAGUUUCAGAGCAGAGUGGUUUAUGGAAAGCUGUGCAUGGUCAUGCUGUACUCUGACGCACCGUGAAUAAAAUCCUCAGCCUUUGUUUGAUAUCUAAACUACAAAUAUGAAUGGUGUAUAGAGCACCGUGUUGUCUGGUAACUCUCCAUGUCUGCUGCUUCAUGGAUGGCAUUGACCAAGCUGCAGGCUUUAUCUCAGUCUUAUGUGGUUAAAGAGGCAUGCUGAAAUUUCCAGUGGUGUUCAUAUGUAAAUAUAAAUUGUGUUUCACUUGCUUUGGAUGUUUGUCUUUUGUAACUUAAAGUGUGCAUGAUUGUGUUUGUUUUUCAUAAAACAUUCAUAUUGAUUUA